AUGGGGGAUGGCGUUGACAUAGCCAACCGGAUUUUGCGCAGCUUCCAAGAACGAGGUGAUACACGCAGAGCUGAGAUUCUCCAAAGAUCCCUUUCAGUCAGCGCUACUAGUGCUGCGAUUGGAUCUAGCCCGAGAGACAGCGCCCAGUCGGUGAUGGCAGCAACACCGCCGUCAGGCGGUACCAGAGCACCCAACACUGAGACGGAGGACAAGAAGGACCAGCCGCAACGAAGGGGGAGAGGAAGGCCAGCAACAGACUCCAACACCAGUGCUGCUAGCCAAAAGCGCCCAGCUUCAAGAGUUCCGCUGAAACGACCUGCGACAGCAGCGCUGCCAUCAACCCCGUUGAAGCGACCAGCAGCGCCGCCAUCAACCCCGUUGAAGCGACCAGCUGCAUCACCCAAAGUGGAAGCGUCCGAGGUAACCGAGGUGUCCCCCAAGAAACCUGACCUGACCAAGACAUGUCAACAUGAAGAUGCUGAGGAAGAAGCCAAAGAAGAGGAUCCUGAGGUCCCUGUGAAACCAGCACCGGAACCGGCAAAAACCCGGGGAGCUGUGAUCCAGGAUCUUCCAAUGAAAAACGGUUGGCGGAAGGUACAGUUGAAAACACAGAAGGGUCGAUACUACUGGAAGUGGCUAUCUCCCACCGGAACCGCGUUCUUCUCCAGAGUCAAAGCUGUGGAGACAGGGAGUUCUCUCGGAGAGAAGUGGGAGCACCUCAUUGCUGAAAAUUGCCCAGGUUCGCCCAGCCCGCUGCUUCGCGUCCCUCGGCCGAGCGCCGCUUCCGGCAGCGGCGCAAGCGGCGCAAGCGGCGCGCCGAGAUGGCAGGUGCUGAGCGGUUUUGCUGUGGGCCUCGCCGGCCGACUGUCGUCCAGAAGUUCCAAGGUCGCACGUGCUGCGGAAGGUGCCACCAAAGGUGAAGCAGCAGAAACGGCCGAAAUGGAGGCGGCCAAGAAACCAACGGCGGCCGAGUCGCGGUUGGCACUGGAGCAGGCCACCACUGGAGGUAGCUAUCAGAACCUAACCGCUGAUCAGCGUGGCUUGGUGAAUGGCUUCUUCUUCCCUGAUGAGGAGGAGCUCGACAUGGACAAGUCAAUGCCCUUGGAGGAUCACAUUAGUGAACUCCGUGAUGGGGUGCUGCGUGCUCUUGCCUUUUCGGUGGUGGCCGUGGGAAUUUGCCUCUACUACUACAAGGAGUUGACGACGGCUCUGGAGUCACCGGCCCAGUCCGGGGGCACGGAGGUGAAAUUCGUCCAACUGGCGCCCGGAGAAUUUUUCUUCGUCUCCGUCAAGGUGGCCUUUUCCGUUGGACUUCUCAUCGCGUUUCCCUACGCCCUCUUCGAGGCGGCCCUAUACUUCACACCUGCGCUCACCCGCAGUGAGCGCACGGUGGUUGGGCCUACGGUCCUCGCAUCCGCGCUGCUGUUUUACAGCGGCGCCUUCUUCUCCUACAGCGUGCUGUCACCGGCUGCGCUGGGCUUCUUCUUAGGAUACUCGCAGGAUGUCAUCGAAAGUCAGUUUUCGAUCGAUCAGUACUUUGAGUUCAUCUUGAGCAUGGGCUUUGCCACCGGCAUCGCCUUCCAAGUGCCUGUGCUGCAGGUGGCUUUGGGCCUCUUGGGCGUCAUCGACUCGCAGAAACUUUUCGCGAUCUGGCGGUAUGUUGUGGUGGGAAGCGCUAUUGUUGGCGCCAUCCUGACGCCCUCCACGGAUCCCGUAACGCAGCUGCUGCUCUCGGGCGCACUGUGUGCGCUGUACUUCGCUGGUGGAGCCGUGUUGAAAGCGCUUGGGCGCUGA